AUGCUUCCCGGGCUGCGGGGAGCCCCGGCAGCCUGCGUGUGCGGCAUUCCCGCUCCGGCGGGAGGCAGCGGCUCCGCGGACACCUGCGUUCGGGGCGCCGCAGCUCCUCACGGCGGUCCCCCCGCGGGCACCGCGCGGUCCCGGCUCUCCUCUCCUCUCCAGGCCGGCGGCCAAGGGCCGGGGCCGGUGUCGGUGCGAGAUGUGGACGAGUGUGCCCUGGGGCUGGAUGACUGCCACCCAGAUGCCAUUUGUCAAAACACCCCCAAGCUGUACAAGUGCACGUGCAAAAUGGGCUACACCGGCGAAGGGAGGAAAUGUGAAGACAUUGAUGAAUGUGACAACGACUUCAAUGGGGGCUGUGUCCACGAGUGUUUCAACAUUCCAGGGAAUUACCGCUGUACUUGCUACGACGGCUUCAUGCUGGCUCACGAUGGCCACAACUGCCUGGACACAGACGAGUGCAUGUUCAACAACGGCGGCUGCCAGCACGUUUGUGUCAACACCGUGGGGAGCUACGAAUGCCGCUGCAAGGAUGGCUUCUUCCUCAGCGACAACCAGCACACCUGCAUCCACCGCUCCGAAGAAGGCAUGAGCUGCAUGAACAAAGACCAUGGCUGUGCCCACAUCUGCAGAGAAACACCCAAAGGAGGAGUUGCCUGUGAAUGCCGACCAGGAUUUGAGCUGUCCAAGAACCAGAGGAGCUGCAUUUUGACGUGCAACCACGGGAACGGCGGCUGCCAGCACACGUGUGACGAUGCUGACAGCGGGCCUGUCUGUGGCUGUCACCCCAAGUACAUCAUGCACGUGGAUGGGAAAACCUGCCUGGAGAGGGAAGAAGCUGUUGAAGUUUCUGAGGGAAACACCACAGCAGCAGCUGAUGUGGACAAGAGAGUGAAGCGACGCUUGCUUAUGGAAACGUGCGCGGUGAACAAUGGCGGCUGCGAUCGCACCUGCAAGGACACCUCCACCGGAGUGCACUGCAGCUGCCCCGUGGGAUUCACCCUCCAGUUCGAUGGCAAGACCUGCAAAGAUAUUGAUGAAUGCCAAUCCAAUAAUGGAGGCUGUGAUCAUUUCUGUAAAAACACUGUUGGCAGUUUUGAUUGCAGCUGUAGAAAAGGAUUUAAAUUAUUAACAGAUGAGAAGUCCUGUCAAGACAUUGACGAGUGCUCCUUCGAGCGGGCCUGCGACCACACGUGCGUCAACCACCCCGGCACCUUCGAGUGCUCCUGCAACAAGGGAUACGCCCUGUACGGCUUCACCCACUGUGCAGAUAUUAAUGAAUGUAGCAUCAACAAUGGUGGUUGCCAGCAGCUGUGUGUGAACACGCUGGGAGAUUAUGAAUGCCUGUGUCAGUCUAACUACAAGCUACACUGGAAUAAAAAGGACUGUGUUGACACGUGCGACGUGCGCUGUGCCCGCAAGAAGACGGAGAAGCGGUUCCGGAAAACCAUCCGCACCCUGCGGAAGACGGUCAGCAGGGACCAGUUCCGCAUCCGCCUCUCGGGCACGGACCACGAGGUGGCCAGGAAGGCCCUCAAGCCCUCAGAGCCACAGCAGUCCUGUGGGGUGGGACAGCUGCACCCGGGGGUCAGAUGUGAUCAGUGCUCCCCUGGGGAAUAUUCUCCUGAUGGCUUCAAGCCCUGCCUGCCAUGUCCCCUUGGAACGUACCAGCCUGAGGCUGGCAGAGUGUCCUGCUUUCCCUGUGGAGGAGCUCUCACCACCAGGCACAGCGGGGCUUCCUUGUUUCAGGACUGUGAGACCAAAGUUCAGUGUUCUCCUGGCCAUUUUUACAACACCACAACUCACCGAUGUAUUCGCUGUGCGAUUGGGACAUACCAGCCUGAGUUUGGACAAAAUUACUGCAUUUCCUGCCCUGGAAACACCACUACUGAUUUUGAUGGGUCAACAAACAUAACACAGUGCAAAAACAGGCAGUGUGGAGGGGAGCUGGGAGAUUACACUGGAUAUAUUGAAUCUCCCAACUACCCUGGGGACUACCCUGCAAACACCGAGUGCACUUGGAACAUCAACCCACCGCCCAAGCGCCGCAUCCUGAUCGUGGUCCCAGAAAUAUUCCUGCCCAUCGAAGACGAGUGUGGAGACUACCUGGUGAUGAGAAAAAGCUCCUCUUCCAACUCGGUGACCACGUACGAGACCUGCCAGACCUACGAGCGCCCCAUAGCUUUCACUUCCAGGUCCAAGAAACUGUGGAUCCAGUUCAAGUCCAAUGAGGGGAACAGUGCCAAAGGAUUCCAAGUUCCUUAUGUAACCUACGAUGAGGAUUACCAAGAGCUAAUAGAAGACAUUGUUCGGGAUGGCAGACUUUAUGCAUCUGAAAAUCAUCAAGAAAUACUUAAGGACAAGAAGCUGAUAAAAGCACUGUUUGACGUGUUGGCACACCCACAGAACUACUUCAAGUACACAGCCCAAGAGUCCAGAGAGAUGUUCCCAAGAUCCUUCAUUCGGCUGCUGCGCUCCAAAGUUUCCAGAUUUUUGAGGCCUUACAAAUAGUUGGCACUGAACUUAAAAGCUAAACCAGCCCUGGGCAUGCACAGAGGGGCUGUGGUAGGUGGGGCUGCUCUCUGUGUUUUACACACUGGCAGAGGCACUCCAGGGAACCUUGCCAGCUCUGUUCUUGGUAGAGUUUGGCUUUCUCAGCUAAUAUAAAUAUUUUGGUGAACAGAAUUUGGAUUCCUUUCCAGAUAAUACCUUUUGGGUACCAAAGGAUACCUCAUGGGUCCCUGAAUUGGAGACUGCCCAUGAUUUCUGUAACUGAAGGGCGCCAAGCAGAAGUUUGUAGAGCUCUGCCCCGUUGCUUCAUCAGCACCUGUAAAAGCUCAUGAGGACAGACAGGCUAAGCAGUGUGGUUUGGGAUGAACCCUGGGCUGCCAUUAAUGCAUGUUACCUCAACAAAGCUGGGUUCAUGUUGGGUCUCGCUGAAAGUGAGAGCAGGAUUGAUGACUCUCUUAAUAUGUGCUACACAGGAAAUUCAGAGCUAAGAUUGACAUAGUUUUAGUUCAAACUAGUGAGGCCAAGAACUGCACAAGGUGCACUUUUUCUCUGAACUACACAUGGCAUGAAGCAAAGGGUUGAAUAUCAGCUUGGAUGUUCAGGGUCUGGCUCACACAGUGUCCAUGGAAGUGACCUAUUGGCUUACAUGGAGUGAUACCAGAAUAAACCGUGGGCACCACAGCAGUGGGAAACAGGCCCUGACCCACUGGACAUUUCCAUUUUGGGCUGUCUGCAGCUGCUAGAGCAGAUCAGAUUAUUUCCUAAAUCCCAGUGCUGUCCCCAUGCAUAGGCUUGGGACAGCAAAAGGCAUUUUCCAAGUUGUGUAAAAUUCUGCCCUCUGAGCACCUGCAGGUGGACACAGAAACCCGAUUUUAACUGCAGGCUUUGCAUAGAUGAUGCUCUUGGUACAACACUGUUUAAAGCUGAAUAAGGUUAUUGUAUGAGCCCCAGCUGUCAUAUUCUCUACCUUUUCUGAGCACCUUGCAAUAGUCUUGUGGAGCAGAGAAGAGCUGGUUUCCCUGUCUGGCUGGAGAGAAGGAGAGGUACAAUUCAGCCAGACUGUGGCCACAAAAGUUGUCUAUGGCAAAUUGUUCCUCAGGGUUCCCAGGCUGUGUCCUUCUCCUCAGGCUGUGUUUCCUACUGGAGACAAGGCUAUUCUGAGAGGGCCUGUGGGGAAACCUGUGCUGAUCAAAAUGUUGUCUCAGUGCUAUUCUGCCCACACCUACAUCUCCUCUGGCCAUACAAUCCAUUCUCCCUGAGCAUUGUACCUUGAGGACCUCCUGCCUUGAAGGGAGAUAGCCACAGUCCCAUCCAUUUGGAAAUGGACUUAGGACUUCCAUCCUUUGGUCACUGGCCAUGCCAAGGGGUGCAGUGGGCACCAAACUCCCUCUGUGCCAUCUUAGGAGCAGUACUUACAUUUCACAGGGUAGCCAGGAGCAGUGCUCCCUUUCCCAGGGUGUGGAGUCACACCUGCUGGGUUUCACUGCCUUGGCACGGGGUAUUUAACUGCUGUGUGUGAAUAACACCAGGUCCACAGUGUGACAGCAGGAGCUGGGCUCUGAAUCUCUGAGCAAGUGGCUGCUCCCGACUCAGCCUUGCUGAGCUGCUGUGCCACGCUGCGUGUGGGGCAAGGACACAUCUUGGCCAUGGUGUGACAGGGAGGGACAAUGGCUUUGGCCACAGCUGGGGAGCAGAUCCCCUCAGGAUGGGGCUGCGGGGUGCUGUGCCCCUCUUGCUGCUGGGGAGGAGUUGCCUCAGCCUGGCCAGAGGUGGGAAUUGGUUUGCGCUGCUGCCAGGAGGGAGAGCUGUGUCUCCCUACUGCACUGGGGCAUGGCUGGGCAGGGCAGUGUGUUGCCCACCCCAGGAACAGGGCUGCUGCGGGAGCAGCGAGGCACAGGGAGAGCUGGCAGGGCAGAGGGGAAGGAACACAGCUCCUCAUGUGUUCCUGCAGCUGUGCUGCAUCCCAAACAGCAGGGUCCUGCUGCUGCCUCUGCGGGAGACAGGGACACCUGGCAGAGGGACCUGGCAGUGUGACUGGGCAGGGGAAUGCCUGAGGAAUGCCAGAACAGGAGGAGGGGUGGUGAGAGGCUUUGCUGCAUCCCAGCUGGAGUGUGCUGUUGUGCAGAGAGCCAGGAAGGCAUUCCCAGAUGGUUUCCCUUCAGCUGCAUGGCCCCUAGCCCACGCUGUUGGAGGCUUCCCAUGCCAGAAGCAGCGAGCCAGCAGCCACCUCUGUGUGGCACUGGAGCACUCUGGAGUGGCCAGGGUGCUGCAGUCCUGCUCGGAGGUGGGCACUGUGGGCAGAGGCCAUGGUGUGCCAGGCUCUGGGCCAAGCCCAGCGGAGGGGCUUUGCUGUGGGCUGCAUGCUGGCUGCCAGGGAAAGCAGGGCAGUUCUUGGAGUGCUCCCUGCCAGGGAGGCUGCAGGUCUGAACAGCUCUGCUCUGUGGGGCUGAGGGACACACAGCAGUGGUUGGUUUCAACCAGGGCUCGAGGAAGACAAAGUUGUGAAACAUCCCAGUGUUUCUAAUGGGUGAAACUGGGCUGUGCUGCUCUGUAGGUGAGUUACUGAUCCGUGCUCUGGGUUUGUCACACUGCAUCUCCUCUCCUAGUCCUGCUGUGCCAGCUCUGCACAGCUGCCUGGGACCCACAGGGAUGCCAGCCUUGCUUCUCCUGCCCCACGAGCACAGGCCAUUUUCAUUGCUGGGAGGAGAGGAGUGUGCCUGCUCUGAGGCUGAGGAGACAGCCUGCCCUUUCUCAGAGGAGAAUCCUCAUUGUUCCACAGCCCUGCUCGUUUCCUACUUACAUAGCAAAUGACUCAGAAGCACUUCUGUUACCCUUGAUGUGACAUUAUGGAUCAAAAUUUCCCCUUUUGCUGUAAUUGCUGUGUGUACAGUAAAAAGUGAAGAGGGAAUUUUUGCUGCCUUGAAUGCUGGGAGGAGUGAUAACUCACAGAAUGUUGUAAACACUUGGCAUUGUAUCUUCAUAGUGAUGGUAGUGGCUCUGUAGAAAUUUCAAUUUCUACUUUCUGUGUGGUUGUAGACUGAUGAUGUGUUUUGGCAACAAAUGACUCAACAAUGUUUAACCUUAUAAAACAAGAUGGAAUUUUUGGAAUAAUGAUUAGCGCUAACUGGAUGACUCAGUGUCACCUGUGUGAGAUAAACAUAAGGAUCUUUUUGAUGAUUGUAAAUUAAUGUAAAAUGUUUCAGACUGUUACUCUUGAUAAGAGAAAUAAACCAGUGAA